AUGACUCUUUGGUACAACUGUGUCGCAUUGGUAGCCAGCGCAUUACUGGUUACUGCAACGGAUAAAUCUGAUGAGAUUACUAGCUCACUCAACAAAAUUCAAUCAUCACUAGAUGACCAAGCUCGUUUGCUACGACGCGUUUUGGUAGAAGACGGCAGUCCGCUUUGUGCAACUCCUCAGACGUUUGUUUUAUUGUGUGUAGAUGGAACUAAAGCUCAUCCAGCUAAAAGUUGUGCUGAUCUGUUGAGGCAAAGAAAGAACAUCGCAAGUGGUUACUACUGGGUGAAGCCAAUACAAACAGGAAAUGAUGUCCAUCAUGUUUACUGUGAUAUGACUAGCUACGGUGGUGGUUGGACUCUAGUUGUUGGUAUUAAUUCUCAAAAUCGUCUCCAUCUUCAAAGCGGUUCUGUGGGUACAAGAUGCAGAGGAGGAGAUGUUUGUGUGGUCCAUCGUACAAAUGGAGUGAUACCUGCUAGGAAAUUAGAUGACAGGAUUAUAAGAGCUCUCGCUGAUGAUGAAGGAACGUUUAGAGUUGACGUUGGUCCUAACAAAUACACAACGUUUUUUCAACUUCCACAAGGUGCGGCAGGAUUUCAAUCUAAUUGCGGAGGAGCGAGCUGCCCACGAAUAAUUACAUCUCACAGUUAUCCCUACAAAUGGGAGUCAAACUGCAAAGGAAUAACAGUUGGAUAUAAAAUAUAUGGCAGUAGUUGCAAAGUAUUUGACAGUCGUGACGAUAACGAGUGUGGGUCUUUUUGGACAUCUUCUCGUUUCUGUAAGCUUUCACAGUUUCAAAUAUUCUAGUCACUUAUUUGCCAAUUUAUUCAUUAGCCGACAAGCGCGCCUUAUACGGCUACACUGGUGGUGAUGGAGGACACACUGGUAUCUACUCUAAACUGCAAGGCUUUAUGUACGUCCGUUGAACAAACUAAUUAAUUAAUUAAUUAAAGAAAGGAAGAACGACUUGUUCUAAUAGUUUUCUUGCACUUUGGUU